AUGGAUCAUGAUGCUGCCUCGAGACUGAGGCGGCCACGGCAGCCACCACAGACACAGCAGCAGUCACUUGUUUGGCAGGCUGGUGUCUCCGAGUUAUCUCUAACGCCAAGCCCGGCAGAGUCCGGUACCAUCUACGCCUCGUCCACCGGCGUCCACAACGGCAACGGUAAUAGCAACGGGGCCGGCACCAGUUAUCGCCGUAAAAGGAGAUCUACUCUGGUCAAUGCCGAGGACUCCAUAGCUGUUCGCGGUGAUGGAUACAGCAACGGAGCCGGGGACGUCAAGCAUGCACGCAGUGCCUCUGCCGAGGACGAUGAUAGUGACGGCGCCUCUCCUACUACUGCUGAACACCAGAGGAAGAAGCAGAAACGAAACAAGCCCACGUUGUCCUGUUUCGAAUGCGUAGGGAGAAAGACAAAGUGUGACAGGGGGAGACCGCAUUGCCUUGCAUGUAUCAAACGUCAGACCAAGUGUGAAUAUGCCCACGUUGCCAAUGUACUCGAAAGUGCGGCCAACGAGCGCCGGAUGACGAAGGGUCCCAAAAAGAAGGGAGACGCGCUUAAACCCACGAUCCCAAACGCUGCUGAUAGGGGCUUCAACGUGAAUCGACUAAAGGCGCUGGGAUCGGUUUCAACUUCGACAGGCCUGCUUUCGAACGUUCCCUACUCGGCUCCUGGCUCGUCCAAUGUAUUUGGCAUUGGAUCUGAGCACCCGUUUGCUAAUUACUGGACUUGCGACGGGGGCUUGCCCGAGGUUAUCUCUGUCUUGCCGGAGAAAGUGCAGUCGGAUAUUCUCCUGACGCGGUAUUUUGAGUGUGUCGACCCGGUGUAUCCGAUGCUGCAUAGGCAGACGUUUUAUGCCGACUAUGAGCAUUUCUGGUCGUUGAGCCGGCCUGAGAAGGACCAAGCCGACGGAGCGUUUGUGGCGCUCAUUUUCGUCAUGCUCGCCUUGGGCACUCAGUUUGUGACGUCGACUUCGCCCAGGGAAAGGAAGCAGACGGCCGAGUUCUACGCUUCGGCGAGUAAUCAAGCCUUGCGUGUGAGCUCGUAUCUUAGCAUAGCGAGCAUUCGAUCGAUCCAGGCCAUGGUGUUGAUCACAUACUUUCUCAUCAACGACAACCACGCUUCUGAUGGGUGGGCGUUCGGGGGGAUUCUUAUGAGGCAGGCGUAUGCGAUGGGAUUGCAUCGAGAUCCAAAUAUUGUCGUCCCUGACGCCUCCCCUUUUGAAAAACAACAACGCCGCAAGGUCUGGCAGGCUGUGCUUCUUCAAGACACCUUCCUGACGGUCUUGCUAUCGCUCCCGCCAAGCGCGACCCACACCGACGUCAGCGUCGACGACCUCAAGCAGGACGACGCCUCCAUCGCCACCGACGACCCGACCGACACGGACUAUAUCAAGUCCAGCUGGACGCUCGCCAACCUGGUCCAGGAAACCAUCUGCUCGCCUCGGUCCCUGGACGUGCCCAUCUGCACCACCGUCCGCCAAAAGUCUAAGCUGGUGCAAGACUUUAGGACCGUCUACCGCACCUUUCCAACUGUGUUUCGCUAUUGGGACCCGCAGGUCCUGACGGAGAUGGCGCAGAGCAACAAGCGGGUGGUGAGGCAGACGCUGUUCCUGUGCAGCAAUUACUUUCACAACUUGAUGCUGGUGCAUGCGUCGGAGAGCGCAGAUGUGCCUGUUAACGUUAGGGGGACGUUGGAGGCGGCUCACGAUGCGAUUACGGCUUUCUUUAUCUUGUUUCAGCUUUUUGAGGCUGAGGCGAGGGUGUGGUGGGUUUUCAACCACAGGGCGUUUUUGGAGGCGCUUUUGUAUUGGGAAUGUGCUGAGGGAGGUGGCGAGGGGGGAGGAGGGGGGGAGUAUGGGGGAGGAUCCUUUGUUUAUAAGGGCUAG